AUUAAAAGAGGUCAAUUGCUAAUAUCUGCUUACUAGAAUAUUAAUUUUCUAUAAAUGUCCUUCAUACAUACAGUUAUUGUUACUAAAUCAUAUACGUGUAUAAAUGCAACUGUAUCUAAGAACAUUUUUAGUCCUCGUUUUUCAUAGAACACCUCUCUCUUUAGUGAUUAUAUUUAGUUAUUUAGUCAGAGUGGGAAUUACUAAUGUUCGAAGAUAUUGUUAUAUAAACAGACAUAACACCAGCGAAGUUAAAGAAUAUGAGAAUGAGUUAUUCCAUAGAAGAUCAAUUAAGUGCCGAAGAUCGCUGUGUAGUAUCACCAAGAUUUAAAUUUUUACCAACACGAUCAGAGCAGAAUGUGAUGACCGUGUCCAACAUACAGUUCAAUGAAGACGACGAAUGUUAUGGAUCAGACAUAUUUCAAUCCUAUCGGACGUACUUAAGGACCUUGGAUGACAGUUUCAUGGAUUCAUAUUGCAGUUCUGAUUUUGUGUCAUGUAAUCAAGUAUAUUUAUUAUGGAGUCCAAUGAAUGUGAUACCAGAUAUAUCAUUAUGUUUAAAAUGUAAAAAUUAUUUAUUAGAAGUUAAUUUCUAUAAUGAUUGGUUAAAUACCCUAUUGCAAGGUUAUCAGUAUUGUUAUAAGGAACCAGUAGCGUAUAUAGAUUUAAUUCAUAAUCAUACGCUUGGCCACAUUCAUUGUGACAAUUGUGGUUAUGACACUGUAGAUACAGAAUGCAACAUUGAUGAUGAUACUUUUGAUAAUUUAUUACACAUGAAACGCAUUGGCACUUUUGUAAUUUAUAAAUAAAUUUUAUAUAUUUAAUAA